UGUUCAAAUGCUUCUUGUACCAAGCAGUGGCCCAGGACAAAGAUAUUUUCAUGACAAUCGGCAAGACGAUUUUGCCAGCAGAAGAGAUCUCCAUCAAAGCAUUGCAACUAUUAAUCGUGGCCAACUCCCAUUUUAAUGUGGAAACCGCAUUGGAGGUGUACAACGACUACAUCCAGAAAGUGCCGAAAUCUCUCAACGAACACACCAAAAGAUCGGGCUCUGGCUUGAUAACCGAAGCUUUAAUAUUAGGUAACCUCUACGACAAUGACAGGAGUUUUGCGACCUUAAUCCUCGAAAAGGCAGUUGAAAAUGGGGUGGUGAGCGAUGAGUACGAAAUUGCCCAAAUUAAGAAACUAUACAAAGCCUACGGUGCUAGUUUUGUUGAGGAUGAUGACUGGCAAAAGGCCAAGCCUAUAUUCAAGCAGUUCGUAUUGGACUACAUGAGAGCAUUGUGAUUCUGGGUGACCUCUAAUGGGUUCGUACCAGCCUA